UGUGAUCAGUAUGUUUAGCACAUUCCUGCGUGGUCAGAAUGUGGGAAAGGGAAGGAGCCGCUGCCUAGAUAAAACAAAUCUUCCAGUAGAACCAGUUCAGCAAGCUUGUCUAGUCGCACUGAGCUGGUGUAGGUUGUUCUUUACUUGUCCGAGGUGCUCCCAUGCCUCGGCUGACGGUCGUCCACACCAAAGGUCAAGGGGGCACAGGACGGUGGGGAGAGGGCGAGCCGGGACUGUAAAUGGAUGGAGGAAGUGAAAGACGACGGGGAGGGAGAACCUGUCGAGCAGAGCAGUUCAAAUCAAACACCAGCUGAAGAUCAGCCACUCUUCACAUCUUGGUCCCGGGCCCUGCGGAGGACACUGCGGCCCUCGAGGGUCUGUUGGUACAGUCUUGUUCCGGUGGUUGUAGUGUGGUGCGUCUGCCAGGCAGAGGCGCCGCUGCACCCCUCUCUCCCACUGUCAGGUGUGUGCUGGAGGCUGCUGUUGGUGUGUUCACUGUGGAUGGUGCUGGCAGCCUGCGCUCACGCCCUGAAGUGCAGCCUGCGGCCAGGGCGGAACCAGGGGGACACUCCACAGAGCACACAGCGGGAGGUCGUGUCAGAAAACAGAAACAUCCAGUGGGUGUCCCAGUCGAGGAGCCCAGGCCUCCAUGUCCCUCUGGCCCUUGCCCUGGCCAACGGCCUGCUGCUGUGUGUCCUCCAGGAGCCCCUACCGGACCCCAGCAUCCCCUACAUUCUGGCUCUCCUGUCCAGGCUGGAGUCAGUGUCCCACGCACUUAAGGCUGAUCCUGGAUCAGAGGUGACACUGGACGAGACGGACGGAGACUCCGUAUUGACAGACAAAGUGAAGCUCAUCAGUGGCUACCUACAGCAGAGGAUGAGGUCACUGCGGACUCUGGUCCAGGUGCAGGGGGAUUUUGAGGCCAGCGUGAAGGACAUGCUGUCGGGCCUGGGCGGCCUCUGGGCUCAGCUGGAGGAGCUGCACACUGGGGUCACGCUCACCAAAGAGGGGGGUCGAGGCCACGGAGACCUGGCCUCGGCCCGCACGGACGCAGAGGAUUUGUUUGCGGUCCUGGGUGACUACAGGGACAGACUUCAGCGCUGCCAGACUCAUCUGAAGGACGGCACACGACAGCUCCAGGAGUUGGCGUGGAGUCACGCUCACACAAGGAAGCGCGUGAGCUGCAGCACUGAGUCCGUCUGGCCAGAGCUGUUGCUCCAGUCCAACAUUGAGCAGUUUGACAAGGUGCAGGAGAGUUUCCUCUCCCUGGAACAACAGACCUCUACGUUCCAGGCCCACCUGGAGGGACUUGGGAAGGGGAAUGAGGAAGGACAUGCAGGGCCCCUCGCUUACGCCAACGUGGCAAAUUCAUGCCCAGCCUCGCCGGUGCCCAGCCUCGACGGUGUUUCAAGUCAUGUGCCACUGGAGCAUUGUAACUCGACCUGUGCAUCAGCGUCUGCCCCCUCGGUGGACACGGACACAGACGCGGACACAGACCCUCCUCUCUCUCUGUGCGAGAGGUCGGCCCUGCAGUUCUCCUCCACCAUCGGACGCCUGCGCAAAUCUGGAAGGAGGAAGUGAUUUUCUUUUUUCCUUUGUCUGUCAAAUUUACUUGGCACCAUGUGUUUUGUAAAUAGAAGUUUGUUCAUUCUAUCAAAAUUGAGUAUUUAUCGCCGUUUGUGAUUACAUGACUUUUCCAUA